CUGCCGAACAAGAGGAAGAAGGAGAGGUGGCUGGUGAGGCGUAUGUUCCACAACCAUACGCUCCUCAGGAUGAGGUACAACCACAAAUUUAUGCUGAGGAGUUUAUUUCCCUCAACGACCAAGGUAUCCUAUACAAUUUUGAUGACCAUGCGGCCCUUAAUCAGCAAGUACAUCUCUGCUCUGACAACAUCGACAAUAUUGUGGCCCGAGGGUAUUUGUACGAGCAUGUGGGUACGAUCAAAGUUCACUGCCAGGAUUACGAUGAUUCACAUGCCCGGAUCAUGGUUUCGGAAAUCCUGCAAGAGGACGCUGAAAUCCCAGUCCCAAUUGAAGAGUGCAGAUAUGUUAGGGACGUAUACCAGAUGUUCCUUCCUUGGCCUAAACACUUAAUUUUAACAACCGAGGGUCCACUCGCUCAACCGCCCUCAAGACGUGAUGCGUCAAAGGGGAAAGCUCCGAUGCUUUCUCCACAAGGCCGUGGUGCACGGGAAGAUGACUUGUUCACGGAAGAGAAGAUGGCGUUGAUCCCUAAUUCGCUAAAAUGGAUGAUUCAUGAAUUCCUAAGGCUCAAAGAUAAACGUGAUAUAAUCACAAUUCCUGUCCCCCGAGGAUUCAUUGCACCGCGUACCCAGAUCACGUUAUCUGGAGAGGAUUUGCAGCAGGUUGCUACGUGUGAGUACAUCGGCAACCAUGGAAUGUUGUUUGGAAUGAUGUAUACUCUUCUUUAAUCUAAUUAACCUUAUAUCAAAUUAUAGUUAAAUUAUUAUAAGACACUAACACUUUUUUUGGCAGGCACAUAUGGGAGAGCAUCAACGGUCUGAGAAAAUUUUUCAAGUUUUACGACCCAGAGCUUCUCACAGUGCAUGGGAUCAACGAUGAAGAACAGAGUCAGUCUUUUGACGAUGCGGCAAGACGAUUGGCUAAUUGGUUAUCAUUAAUGAACAACAACCACCAAAUGUUCUUUAUUCCUUGGAAUAUCGGGUAAACUUUAUUAAAUUCUUUAGUGCUAAUUGUUCAUUUCUAUAUUAUGUCUUCAAAUUAUUUUUAUACUAUCUUACUUAUAUUCCAAUAUAAUUUUCUAGGAUGCAUUGGACGCUAGUGGUGGUUGCGCCAAGGAAAAUUAUCCAUUUAAACCCUGUAAAAGGCUGCCCAAUUCCCGAAGUAAUAGAACAAAUGAUCGGAAGGUAAUAAUUUAAUGACUUCUUAUGUAACGACUUUAAAUUAACUAACGAAUUGAAAUGCUAAUAUAAUUUUCCCAAACAGGGCAUUCAUGUAUAUAGGGAACGCACAUGAGUAUCUUGGCCAGUGGCAAGGAAUUAACCAAGCAAACUGUCCAAGACAACCUAAAAGCCAAGAAUGCGGAUUUUAUGUUUUGAAAUAUAUCACUGACAUCGUCGCACGUGCCAACCCCAGCCGUUACAUACAAGAUCAAAAAGCUUUUGGGGGUAAGAAGCAAUACGAUCCAAAAACA